CAUGAAAGAACCUAAGCCGGGACCGAGUGUGCAACCUCACAUCAUUCAGACUGCAGCUGAAGAAGAUGCAACAGCACCCAAUGGUGACCUUGAUGCAACCACACCUUACCUUCACGGGGCUCGAUUGCAUGUAAUUACUGCUACCCUUUGCCUGUGCCUCUUUUUGACAAAUCUCGAGAUUCCUAUCGUGACAACCUCCCUAGUCAGUAUAACAACUGAGUUGGGCGGACUGAACAAGAUUUCCUGGAUUAGCACGGCAUACAUGCUUGGAUAUGCCGGUGUCCUCGUACUAGCCGCCAAGUUCAGUGAUAUCUUCGGUCGCAAAUCGUGCCUUCUUCUUGGCGUCGGCUUGUUUAUAGUCUUUUCCGCAGCCUGUGGUGCUGCUCAGACAAUGGAACAAUUAAUUAUCUUCCGCGCCUUUCAAGGCCUCGGUGGCGCGGGUAAUUAUUCUCUCUGCACGAUCAUUGUCCUAGAGAUGGUGCCCCCUGAGAAGUAUGCAAAAUAUACCGGUUUGAUCUCUGUGGUAUUUGUCUUCUCGCUUCUUCUGGGCCCAUUGUUUGGAGGUGCAAUCACUCAACACUCCACCUGGCGUGUCCCCCCGGGCGUUAUCGCCGCCGUCCUUCUAAUACUGUUUUUACCUAACAACUUUCCCCACCAUAACAAGCCACGCGUAAGCGCUGGCCUCGAUCUUACAGGGUCAUUGCGGAAAAGCUUUCUCAGAGUCGACAUUCUCGGAGCUACCCUGCUCCUGGCCGCGACCCUUUUGCUGGUGACUGCUCUGGAUGAAGCGAACGAGCAAUACGUCUGGCGAUCGGCAUUCACCAUCACGCUACUCGUUGUGUCAGGGACCUUAUGGGUAAUCUUUGUGGCUUGGGAGCGACGAGUGACACGGAGCACCGGGAGCCGAGAACCUGUAUUCCCCUGGCGGUUUUUCCAGAACCGGGUGUGGAUCGCAAUGCUCCUAAAUGCGGUCUUCCUUGGGAUGAUCUGGUUCGUGACUAUGUUCGAACUCCCGCAGCGGUUUGAGAUGGUCAAUCAACUCUCCCCCCUUCAUGCCGCCAUCCGGUUCAUUCCCUUCACAGUGGCGGCCCCGGUCGGGUCAAUUCUGGCCUCAACCGUCGCAAAGAUGUUCAAGGUCCCCUUGCUGUAUCUGCUUGGUAUUGGCUCAUUGAUGCAAGUGGUAGCCUACGUGCUCCUAGGAACGGUGUCCGGACAACAUGGCAUCUCGGCCCGUCAAUAUGGCUACCAGGUCCUUGCUGGGUUUGCAUGCGGGAUCAACAUCCCACUGUUGACAUUGAUGACGCCGUAUGCUACAGAAAAAAGAGACCAUGCGGUCGCCAUGGGAGCAAUUGCGCAGUUGCGAGUGAUGGGCGGCUGCAUCGGGUUAGCCAUCAUCACAACUAUCCACAAUAGCUAUCUUCGCUCGCAUUUGACCCAGUCUCUGGGGGCAGAUGUGACGGAGAAGGUCCUACAAUCAACUGGGGUGAUCGCGACCCUGCCCGGGGGAACACAGGAUCUGAUUCGCGGCACUUAUGCUGCCAGCUAUGACCUGCAGAUGAAGGUGCUGGCGGGGCUUGCGGGCGGGCAGGUCCUGGCCACGAUGGCGAUGUGGCAGCGAAACCCCAUUAUAGUAUAG